AUGGAGCGUCAACCAGCCUACCGCCGUCCCUCCUGGGCCCGCACCGAGAAAUCCUACAAGUUCUACAUGCGCAAGGACCUCGCCGUCGACCGCUCCCCCUGCUCCGACAACGGCAUGGAGAACUUCUCCUACGACCCUGAACACCUCACCAUCUGGCAGAUGCCCGAUCACCUAUGUGAGCGCCUCCCUCAGCAACUCGGCGACGCCGUCAAGGACUGGGAGUACGCCGGCGCGGCCGUCUGCACCGCCCUCGAACGCAUCAAGAAACUCGACCAGCAGGCCAUCUACCGCGGCUACCCCGACAAGUCGAAGCACCACCUCUCGCGCCACACCUCGAACCAGUCGCCCGCAGUGGUCGGAGCCGACACGCCACCGAUGAGUUCCCCCGACUCGCCCACCCCAUCCAUGUCCUCCUCCAUCCUCCCCCUCGAGAAACUCUCCUUCGAAGGCCUCCCCCAACGCCGCACCAACAUCCCCGGCAUGGAAUCCCCACCCUUCACCCCCCUCGACAGCAAAGCCUGCCCAACCCCCGUCAUGCCCACCACGCAAAAGGACACCCACGCAGGCGCCAUGCCCGACGCCUCCCAACUAGCGCGCCAGCUCUCCCCACUCAGCAUCAUCACCACCGACUCGAGCAUCUCCCUCCCACCGCCCGCCUUCGACGAAAACGCCUGGGAAACAUACCUCUCCGCUUUCAAAGCCGAGCUCGCCGACUGCAAGGAGCACGCCUGGCCGCGUUUCCGCGGGUACGGAUACACGGUCGACCGGAUGCGCGUCGAGCUGGGUCAAGGACAGGAGGCCGAGCAUCGCGACGUCAUGAGGGAGUUUCAGGAGUGGUGGGGCGAGAUGAAACUCAAGGUGGGCGAGUAUGAGCGGGAGGUGAGGGAGUGGGAGGUUCCGAGGAUUGAGGUUGUGGUGCUGGAGAGGAAGGCGAGGGGGUUGGUUUGUUGA